GGCACUGACAAAAUUCGUUGCUUGUAAGCGCCAAUAAACGUGUGUAAAGUGUUCGAUAUUAUAAAAACAAUUCGGUUGUAAUUUAAUUUAAACAUAUUUUCCAUUAUUUUUAUCAAUUUUAAUUUAAUAGGAAAAUGGCUCAGUACAUUGCACAUGACAUAAGCAAAAAAACUCGGACGAAAGAUAUAAAGAUACAAGAUGACGUCACAUUUUUUCAAAUGGGUUUCUCACAAAAUAUUUUGGAUGGGUUAAUAGUCGCUGGAUUUCAAAGACCAUCUCCUAUACAGUUAAAAGCUAUCCCAUUAGGUCGUUGUGGAUUUGAUCUUAUAACACGUGCAAAAUCAGGAACUGGAAAGACGUUAGUAUUUGGCAUAAUAGCUCUGGAAAUGUUAGAUAUUCAGGUAUCAUCUCCACAAGUUUUAAUAAUAGCACCUACCAGGGAGAUUGCUAUUCAAAUAUCUCAUGUUAUUAAAGCAAUAGGUUCAAAAAUGGAAGGAUUAAGUGUUGAAUAUUUUGUGGGAGGAAUAUCAAUAGAAGAAGAUAAAAAGAAAUUAAGCACAUGCCACAUAGCUGUUGGUGCUCCAGGCCGACUGGAACACUUAAUUGAAAAGAGAUUACUCAGAGUUUCAACAAUAAGGUUACUUGUUCUUGAUGAAGCAGACAAGUUGUUGGAGAUUAAUUAUCAAAAAAGUAUCAAUCACAUAAUUUCUAAAUUACCAACCAACAAGCAAGUUAUAGCCUCUAGUGCUACUUAUCCUGGAGAUUUAGAAACAUUUCUGCAAGUAUACAUGUCUUCUCCAAUAUUAGUAUCACCAGAUCUUGAUGGACCAAUAUUGAUUGGGAUCAAACAAUUUGUGGCUGUGGUUUCUGUACAUCCCAAUUCCAUGAAACAGGUACAAAUAAAAGUGGAUGAGCUAGUCAAAAUUUUUACCAAGAUUUCCUUUAAACAAUGCCUAGUCUUUACAAAUUAUCAAUCACGAACUCAGUCAAUAAGCAAUAAAAUUAAUUUUAAAGGUUUUUCAUCUUUACAUAUUUCUGGAAAUCAGGACAUGACUAAUAGAUUGGGUACAAUUGAAAAAUUGAGGAACUUUGAAUGUAGAAUAUUGGUGACCACCGAUCUAACUGCAAGAGGUAUAGAUGUAGAAAAUAUAAACAUGGUUGUAAAUUUUGAUAUACCUACGGAUGCAGCGACAUAUUUACAUAGAAUCGGCAGAGCUGGUCGUUAUGGAUCUCACGGAAUUUCUAUUACAAUUAUUUCCGAAAAUGAGCUUUUAUCAUUUAGAGAACUAUUAACUUCAGUUGGUGGACCAAACUUUUAUCUCUUCAAACUUAAUUAUGAUUAUGCGGAAGAUGUUUGGGCUAGCGAUACUGCAGUAUUUGAGAAAGUUUAUUCGAAGUCCGAGAAAAGUCGUACAGAGUUAUCGGAUAUUGAUAAAGCAAUUCUUGAAUCUGAAAACGGUAUACCUAUAGUAUUACCUAUACGUAAAUUAUCUCCAGAAGUCAAUAGUACAUCAAAAAAUAAUAUUGCAAAUUCUUCUGCUGUAAAACAUAGUGAAUGUGAAAGUGUUGAAUUCAGAAACAAAGCGGCCAAUGGUACGUCAUCAUCAGAAAAUACUGGUAUUACAAAACAUAAGGAAAGUAAAAGCGAUUUGUUGAAGCAUGUUGCAAGUAAUGGUACAUCAUUAUCGGAAGAAAAUAUUUCGGAUUUAACUGAUAUGAAAGAUAAUAUAUGUAAAAAUGUUUCACCAAAGCAUACAACAACCAGUAAUACAUCAUCAUCAAAAAGUGAUAUUACAAAUAUUAUUAUGACAUACGAAAAACAUAAAAGUAUCUUGAAAGAUGGAAAAUGCCAUGGAGUUGUUUAUAAUAAUAAACGUUUGAAACAAAAAAAAACUAAUCUAGAUGAGAAAAUAAAGAUUAGUUCAUUAUUUGAACAUUAUGAUCAAGGGAGAAUUCAGAGAAAAGCAAAUUUUCAACGAUCUACUGAUAUUUCUGAGGAAUGUAAAGAAGUAUCAACUACUACAGAUUCAUCCGAGUCAAGAAAUACACAUAAAUGUACGAUAACACCUGAUAGUUCAAAUAGUCCUUCGCCUAUGGAGCAAUUAAAUGAAAAUAUGUUCAAAGUAGAUUUCUUAAAUAUGCAGGAUCAUAAGCUAUCAAAUGCUGACAUUGAAAAUAUCAGUGAAUACAUGAAGUCUUUAUUAAGCGAUGAAGAAGAAAAAAAUGAUACAUUGAUUUCAGUUUCUACUUGUGAGAACAUGGUGGAUAACGAAAAAAUUUCUCACGAUAUAGAUUCUGCCAAAGAUUCUGAUUUAAUGUAUAGUUCGAAAUCACCCAUAAAAGAAUCAGAUAAUAAUAAGAACAAUGAAAUCUGGGAUGAAUUAAAUAAUUACUUAUUAAUGUAUUCUAAAGAAAUGAAGGAAAACAACAAUGACACUUGUAUAAAUGAUGAAAAAUCUCUGGAGAAAGUAGCUUCCAACUGGAAAGAAUUACUUGAUCUUGAAAUUAAUUUAUUAGAUGAUAUGACCAAAAGUAUGACCGACUCUAUUCAUAAACUAGUGUAUGAAGAAUAUUGUUCUGCACUUAAAAUUUUCCUUUGUAUCCAAAAGCGGGCUUUCUUAUGUGUUUUUCCACAAUUUCGUAAUGAUGAAGAAGUGCAAGAUACUUAUAUAUAUUCGAAAUGUAAUUCCGAUAAUAAUUUGUUGGAUAUGUAUAAGGAAAUAGAAGGUUUUAAGAGUCGUUUCUAUACAUUAGGAAAGAAAUUUAAUACAUAUUUUCCUUAUCCUACAAAUAUCGAAGAAUAUAUGCCAAAUUUAAUGAUAUUAAACUCUGAAAUGGAAGAAUAUCACAAAGCACUACAGUUUCUUAAAACAUAUGGAGAUCCCAAUAAAAAAUUAUUGGAAAUAAUAGAUUAUAUAGCAUUUUUAAGUGAAACUGAACAUCACAAUUUAUUGCAGAAGAUAAAAGAUAAAAAGUUAUCUUUUCCAGAUAUCAAGGAGUUUCUUAUAGAAGAAAUAGCAAAAAGAGACCUAGAAAAUAGUAAAUUAACGAAACAUUUACAAGGAUCUGAAAAAUCGAUCUCUUCAGAAAAAGAUGAUGAGUUAACAGAGUCUCUGCAAACGUUUGAAGAGCCAGUUUUAUUGAAAAAUCAGAAUGAUAAGACCGCUCAUCAGAAACAAGAUAAAACGGAUGUUUCAAGAAUAAAUAUAGUAAAUAAUACGAAUCUAAAAACAAAGAAAACACAGGAAGCUUGUUCUAAUGAAGUUACAGUUGUCAACCAAAAUAAGCAUGUAAUAGAAAAUACAAAAUGUACUAUUCCUAUUAAUACAAUCUCUAAUAUUAACAAAGUAGAAGUAAGCAAAAACGAUUCAAAAACGAUUCAAGAUUCAAACAAUAGUAAAAAAUUAUUAUUUCAAGUGAAGAAAAAGAACAAUGAAGAUAAUGAAAGUUCUCGGAAUAUCUCCAGCGAGUCAUCAUUUAUAUCACCUAAGGAUAUUAUAUAUUCAAGUAUUGAUAAAGUUGCAUGCGACACUCAAAGAGAGUGGAAAAUGAUAUCCACGAUGAAUAGUAAACAGAAACCUGGCAAAAAGAUCACUAAAAAAGGAAAAAACAAGCAAAUCAAAUAUAUACCUAUACAAACAAAUAAUAUUGUUUAUAAUGAUAUAGAUGAUUCACAUAGGAAACUUGUUGAACGAGCAAAAGCUUAUAAACAACAGAAUGAUUUAAAGAAUAGCAGAGAUGCAGAUAAUUUAGCUAGUUUUGUCAGACAUUCAAGUACAUCAAAUUCAUAUGAAACUACAAAUACAAAGAAAAUUUCUCAAUCUUUAUUAAAUCCAACCGAGCAGCAAGCAGGCUUAUCAAAUCAAAUCGAUCCUUCCUGUCAAUGGAGUGAGUAUGUAGCCGCCGAUUCUUGUCCUCGCACACACGAAAUUCAUAGAUUGGAUGAUAAUAUAACAAACGAUACUCUGUACGAAACGGAUAUCGAUAAGUUCCUAUCAUCUUUAAAAAGGCAAACAGAUCAGUUGCAUCUACAGAUUUACAAGACUCAAAUGUUUGAGAAUUGGAUUUCGUACGAUGAAUGAUCAUGGAAUUAAUUUAAAGAAAGAAGAAGGUAAAGUAUGGUGGAGUAACAUAAAAGAAGAGAUUGCGAAAGAAAGAUUAAUGCGGCACCGCGGGCACAUUUCGUCGGAUCUUUUCUCAUGAUUUCUUUAUGAUGUAGCGGCAGCAAAGAAUGACAUGUGAAUCGAUCCACAGCGAAAGGUCACGCAUUACUGAUACUUAACACGCAUCGGUAAGACGUGAACUGUGUGCCGCGAGUGACCUUUUCCUACCGAUUCGACACUACCUGUGGUUAUGUAAUCGGAACUGUGAUGGAAUCUUGCAUAGUUUUAUUGAUCAAAUAGUGUAUUGAUUGUUAGUCAGGGGUAGAAUAAUUUCACAUAAUUUUUUGUGAAAAUUAAUAUUUGUUAAUAACAUACAUAAACAUGUGUGUUAUAAGCAACUGACUUUUUGUCUUACACAAGUAUGUAUAUUUUCUUAUGUAUAAAUAUUUUUAUAUUAAUCUGAAUUAUAAUUAUUAACAAGC